AGGAGAAUGGCAACAGUCGGUCAGAUUAGAACCCAACGUAGAAGUACUAGUGGACUAGUGGUGUUGAGGAGGCAACUCCAUGUGACCACAUGGCUUGCCUGAUCGAAAGACAACUCCUCUGCUUGUACACGCCAUUGACGAAGAAUCCUCAUUUUGGUUUUGGGUUUUCUGAUCUGUGACCAAUCAAUCUAUCAACAGAGAGAAUACCCAAAAAUUUUUAGAGAAAAAGAUGAAGGAGAGCAGUGAUGGGUUUGUGAGGGCGGAUCAGAUUGAUCUGAAGAGAUUGGAUGAGCAACUAGAGAGGCAUCUCAACAAGGUGGUGACUAUGGAGAGGAACUCGAAGAGAGAGGAUGGUGAUGGCGUCGCAGCAACCACAAUCAAUAAGACUUCUUCCAAGAAGGAGAGGCAGGACUGGGAGAUCGACCCUUCCAAGCUCGUCAUCAAGUCUGUCAUUGCUCGGGGCACCUUCGGCACCGUCCACCGCGGAGUCUAUGAAGUCCAGGAUGUCGCCGUUAAGCUACUUGAUUGGGGUGAAGAGGGCAACAGGACAGACGCGGAAAUUGCCGCUCUGAGAGCAGCUUUUGUUCAAGAAGUCGCUGUAUGGCAUAAGCUUGAUCACCCGAAUGUCACUAAGUUUAUAGGGGCCACAAUGGGCUCAUCUGAGCUACACAUACAGACUGAGAGUGGCCAAAUUGGCAUGCCAAGCAACGUUUGUUGUGUUGUUGUGGAAUAUCUUCCUGGCGGUGCCCUAAAAUCUUAUCUCAUAAAGAACAGGAGAAGAAAGCUUCCAUUCAAGGUGGUGAUCCAGCUGGCACUUGAUCUUGCAAGAGGGUUGAGUUACCUUCACAUGCAGAAGAUUGUUCAUAGAGAUGUAAAGACAGAGAACAUGUUAUUGGACAAGAGCCGUACUGUAAAAAUAGCUGAUUUUGGUGUUGCUCGUGUUGAGGCGUCAAAUCCUAAUGAUAUGACUGGCGAAACUGGGACACUUGGUUACAUGGCUCCUGAGGUUCUCAACGGCAACCCGUACAAUAGGAAAUGUGAUGUAUACAGUUUUGGGAUCUGUUUAUGGGAGAUAUAUUGCUGUGACAUGCCAUAUCCCGACCUUAGUUUUGCCGAAGUGACUUCAGCCGUGGUCCGCCAGAAUUUGAGACCAGAGAUACCAAGAUGUUGCCCAAGUGCUCUAGCUAAUGUAAUGAAGCGUUGCUGGGAUGCUAACCCUGAUAAGCGACCUGAGAUGGAUGAAGUCGUCUCUAUGAUGGAGGCCAUUGACACAUCAAAUGGUGGUGGUAUGAUCCCUGCCGAUCAGCAACAAGGUUGCUUUUGCUUUCGUAGGCACCGCGGCCCUUAGAAUGACAACCCCUGUAAGCAGAUGUACAUUUGAUGUAUGGUUGUUUCAAAGGGACAUCAAAGAUCGAAUUUGUAUAUGUGAUGAAGGUGAGAAAAAUGCACAUUUCAAGCAGGGACGGUGUGCAGGUGAUGAGUAUAGGUUGAGGAGAUUUGAUAUGACCAUUAUGUAAAAGAUCUAAUUUUCCCACCCAUUAAUUUGGUUUUUGCACCCAUUAAAAGGUCAUUGAAUUUCUUUUCUCUAUUUCCA